CUUCACAAAAUUCGUUCUGUUUUAAAUAUGAAAAUUAAACGCGUCGAUAUAAGUAACUCCAUUGAAUAAUGUAGAUUCCGUAUUGUCCACCUAUCUUUUGCUAUUUUCUCUGUAAAUUAGAUGAUGCGUUAUUAUGAGCUAAAUAGAUCGUAUGUAGUUUCACUGAAAAUUCUCUUUACAGAGGAGCGAAAAGUUUGCACUACUAAUCAGACAGAUUACUUAUAUACGUUUCUAAUAAUAAUUUUUUUAUCUCGUUAAAAACAGAACUUUUAUCGGGAUGCUCCAAAUGCACGACUACUUCAGGAAUAUAUUGACUAUUUAUUAAUAUAAAUCGACUGCACCCACACAUUCGCAACACCGUUACCCUUUUCACCUUUCUUUCGCAAACCAGAUACAUUAUCAUCGACGUCUACCAUUAUUAUGUCCUUGGAUGAUUUCAAUAUAAUACGUAUAUUACUAUUUUCUAAUAAAAGCGUAGAAAAUCAUCUGGAAUAGUUUAUAUACAUAUAACGAGGAAAAUUAAUUAACGUGAAAGGUUUCGCUAAACAUCUUUCGCAUAAAUUCAAACGGAGAAUAACGAAAAGAAUGUAGCAUGACGAGACUCGGACCCCGACUGCCUGAUUGUGAAAUCUUGACCUCGUGAAGAAAAUUGAUGAUUAUGAUGUCAAAUCUUAUAUGUAUAUGUGAAAUGGCUCGUAGGAGAUUUCAUUCGUGGACACAACUCGUUGAAAGUUUGAAGUAAUAGAGUUUAGGAAGACGCGAUACUGCCGUACUGAAAUUACUUUCUUAAAGGAAUGACGAUAUCGUAUUGUGAAAAAUGCAAGAGGCUAACGAUACCUCGUAGAAGAAAAAUAAGUAAUCCAUGCCGCGAUUGUUGGAUGUCGAACAAAUAAAUUCCACAGUAAAAUGACUCAGAGAUCAAGGUGCACAUUUCGUUACUGAGUGAAAUAUAGAAAGCGUUGUUUAUUCAUUAAUAGAGAAUUGUUUAUCUAACAUUUCGCUGUUAACAUGGAAGCAGAAUUGUCAGAUUUCGAUUAUAAAAUGCGGGCAAUCGAGCGUGCCCGCAAAAUACCAAGCGUGAAUUAUUUAUGGGAUAAAUCUACGAAGGUAUACGAUCGUAUGAAAGGAACAAAUAUGUUUACUCAUUGGGCAUUCGACGCGAUGGAAAAUGUCGUCAGCACUGUAUUUGGAAAGUCAUUACUAGUAGCUAAAUUAAUGGAGAAACCAAUCUAUACUCUUGACAAAACGCUUUGUCAAGGACUUGAUUAUGUAGAAGUAAAUCUACCUAUAAUCAAAGAAGAACCAAAUCAAAUAUUAAAUCGUACCAAGUCCAUUGUUUUCAAACAUCUUAAACCAGCUGUUAAAACAUUUACUGAUUUAAAGCAAGAAACCAAACAUAAAGUCAGAGUCAUAACUUUACUUACUUAUUACAAGGUGCAUUACUUUAGAGUAUACAGUUGGCAACAAGCAGACAAAGUCAUGUCAACUGAAACGGGAAUUAGUAUUUUAAAGACUGUAGACACUAGUACUGAUCAUGCUGAGCUAAUGCUGGAUAAAUAUUUACCAGCAACGUAUGAGGAAUUACAUACUACCGAAACAGAAAAAUUAUGCUCCGAGCACGUGAAACUUCAUCAUACGGUGGUUAGACUGAGUGAAUUUAGCUCUCGUGCUUCUCGACGCAUUUACCUUGCAUUAAUGGAUAGAUGGCAACAUGUGUAUAAAAUAGAAAUACUUAUUUUGAUUUUACGUACAAUUAUUGUUCUUCAGACAAUUAAAUUUUUAGAGUCAAUAUUGUCUUUUAUUUUGAAAUUGUUCAAUAUGUAUCUUAUGUUUCACUAGAUUGGUCUGUUUAGUUAGUAUGCAUAACAAAAUCGUGAAUUCAAUCAGCAUUGAAGAUUCACAAUUUCCAAGUACCAGUUAUACAUUAAAAAUGUAGAAUAAAAUCAAUUUAGAAUUUUAAUUUAAAUAUUUCUAUGUAAUUAUUACUAUAUAAUCGGUAUAAAACGAAGUAAUAUAAUUAUGUACUCGAAAAAUGAAUAUGAACACAUAUACUGUUUACAUAUCUUAUAAGUGUCAAGUUUCUCUGUGCAUUUUUAAAUUUGUAUACUGUAUUUAUACUGUUAAAUAUUAUCUACAUUAAAAAUUUUUAAUCAAACUGUA